CCAAACAUAUUUGGAUGUCGGGUUGCCGCAUGGCUUCUUGCUAAAAAUCAACGCCACACGCGAAAAUGAGUGGUGUGAACCAAAUGACUUUGUUCCAGACGUGGGGAGCAUCUGUUCCGCAAAAGGUUAGUCAAACGAAUAAUGUAAAGAAGUCUUCCGGGCGACGAAAAACAACCCAAAACAGCAGGGGCAGCACAGCAGCCUCAGUCAAGACUCAGAAGAGGGCGACUGGUAUAACUUUGCCGCCCCCGGCGCCCCGUAACACGCUAUGGGGUGAAUUUGAUCAAGGGUCCACAGCUGACAACGAGGUGAGAGAUGUCGAGGAGGUUGCUGCUGCUGAUGAAGAUGAUGAUGAUUUAAUGGUAGUUGCUGUUUAUGAGGCGGAAAAGUCUUUGCAAAUUGAUGGAAACGUUGGACAACAUAGUGAACACACAACAAAUGUUGAGAGCACUUGUCUCACACAGAUGAGCUCAAGUGGAUCAACAUAUUACAAAGACUUCCCUGGCCUUGACAGCUCCUCUGCAAAGGUAUGGAUCUACCCCACCAACUAUCCCAUAAGGGACUACCAACUAAAGAUAUCGGAGGCAGCUUUAUUUCAGAAUACGCUGGUAUGCCUCCCCACUGGCCUGGGCAAGACUUUUAUUGCUGCUGUGGUAAUGUACAACUUUUAUCGAUGGUAUCCAUCUGGAAAGAUCGUUUUCAUGGCACCAACGAAACCGCUGGUGGCACAACAAAUAGAAGCGUGCUACAAAGUGAUGGGUAUUCCACAGACACACAUGGCAGAGUUGACGGGGAGCACGCAGGCUCAGCAGAGGCAGGAACUGUGGAGGUCCAGGCGCGUCUUCUUCCUCACUCCCCAGGUGUUGGUGAACGACCUGUCUCGAGCUACCUGCCCCGCGCUGCACGUCAAGUGUGUGGUGAUUGACGAGGCUCACAAGGCACUGGGGAAUCAUGCCUAUUGCCAGGUGGUGAGACAGUUGGGGAGCCAGACUCAACAGUUUCGCAUCCUGGCACUCAGCGCCACGCCAGGUGGAGACACAAAUUCAGUGCAGCAAGUCAUAUCCAACCUGCUGAUCUCCCACAUUGAGCUGCGGUCUGAAGAGAGCCCUGACAUCCAGGCCCACUCCCACCAGCGCAGCCUGGAGAAGGUGGUGGUUCCCUUGGGGGAGUCGCUGGCCGGGCACCAGGCCCUCUACCUACAGGUACUGGAACGGUUCACGGGCCGUCUGAUCCAGAACAGGGCGAUGUCUCACCGCGACUUGCACUCCCUUACCAAGUACCAGCUCAUCCUGGCCCGGGAACAGUUCCGCAAGAACCCUCCGCCCCACGUCACGAGGGCUCAGCAAGGGGCUCUGGAGGGGGACUUUGCUCUGUGUAUCAGCCUGUACCAUGGCUACGAGCUGCUGCUCCAAAUGGGCCUGCGCUCCCUCUUCCUCUAUGUCCAGGGCAUCAUGAAUGGCACCAAAGAGAAGUCUCGAGCCAGGAACGAGCUACAGCGCAACGCCACCUUCAUGGACCUGUACCAGGAGAUGGAGGCCGUGUUUGUAAAGCCCACCGGCCCCGAGGAGCCCUUCAUCUACAGCCACCCCAAACUGCAGAAGCUGGAGGAGGUAGUGCUAGGGCACUUUAAAACAUGGGCUGAGAGCUCCAGCGCUGGCUCUGGGCCCCAGGAAGUGAGCACACGUGUGAUGAUCUUUUCGUCGUUCCGGGAGAGUGUGCAGGAGAUUGCCGCCAUGUUAAAUCGCCACCUGCCCCUGGUCAAAGUCAUGACCUUUAUGGGCCAGGCCUCGGCAGGGAAGGGGGUCAAAGGGUUCACCCAGAAGGAGCAGCUGGAGGUGAUGCGGAGUUUUCGGGAGGGGGGCUUCAACACCCUGGUGUCCACCUGCGUGGGCGAGGAGGGGCUGGACAUAGGCGAGGUGGACCUCAUUGUGUGCUUCGACGCCCAGAAGAGUCCCAUCCGCCUGGUUCAGCGCAUGGGCCGCACCGGACGCAAACGCCAGGGCCGCAUAGUGGUCAUCUUGGCCGAGGGACGAGAGGAGAGAACCUACAACCAGAGCCAGAGCAACAAGCGCAGUGUGUACAAGUCUAUCGUGGGGAACAGCCACAGAUUCCACAUGUUCCCCAGCAACCCCCGCAUGCUGCCCGACGGGGUGCACCCCGCCCUGCACAAGAUGCACAUCACCUGUGGCCAGUUUGACCACCGGGAGAGCAGCGGGCGGCUCUCCGGGGGUUGGAGGGGGCGCAGGUCCCACUCCUUGGAGGGCCGACGUGAGUCCCUUAUUCUUCCGCGUGGUCUCGUCGGGCACCAGGAGAAUGUAAAGAAGGAUGGCUUCCUUAGCCCCUCUGAGCUCACUCACUGGGAGUCUACGAUGAAACUGGGGGAGGGGGAGGCUCCACCCAUUCUGAGACGGUCCCGCUUCCUCUCAAAACAGGAAGGCUCGCCACCUCGGGUGGAGCCGCCCUCCAGCGGGCCAACCAGGGAGCUGUCUCUGUGGGAGUGGAGACACUGGCAGAACCAGCCCUUCCCCACUCACAUUGUGGACCACUCCAACCGCUGCCACCACUUCACCAAGGUCAUGGAGCUCAUUGACGGCCUGCGCCAGGAAGAGGGUGAAAGCAGAUAUGAGUUGGAGCUGCUGCCCCACCUCCACAAUGCAGAUGUCAUAGGCCUCACGGAGGAAGCACAGCAGGAAAAGUCCACCAAAGGAAAGAAGCAGAAAGAGGGAAAAACGACAAAAUCCAGAACCAAAAUGGCCAACCUGAGCCACAAGCAGAAGACUUCCUGCCUUUCCUCAGCUGACCUAGACCGUGUCGAACUCAAAAAGGAAGUGCAGAGGGAAAGCAUUUCUAAAGCAGAGACAACCUUAGUCUCUCCAUGGACCCUGAUAAAGGACAGAGUCCCUUCAGAAUGCCACAAGGAGGUGACUCAUGACCUCAGAGAUCACCCAGGCCUCUGGCCACUCUCCUCCACCGGUGACCAGCAAAUCAUGGACAUGGAUUCUGACUGUAUCAUACUCAACAACGAGAGUGAAAGUUCAGAGGUUAAUUCUCCAAGGGAUUUUGAGAGCGAAUCAUUGAACUGCAUUGCUGCUGUAGAACAGAUUGACCUCAAUCAGUUGACCUCAAUUGCAGACCGUCAACCCAAGUCAGAUGAAGAUUCUGAACUGGAGGCUUUGUUUUACUUGCCCAAAUGGGACGCUGCCGUCCCCAAGUUGCAGCCCCUGAGACAGAGGUUAGAGAGCUUGAGGGUCAUUCUAGUCAACGUGACAGAGCUUCUGUCUAGGUCUCCUCCAGCUUUGCACUUUGACCUGGACAGCCCUCAGUACGACCCUGGGCCCUCCCCCUUCACCACCAAGGACUGUUCACAUACACUUCCGGUUGAACCUCUGGAUGAACUGCUGGAUGUGGGUCAGACAUUCCACGUGAAUUUCUCCCUGGAAGUGGAUGAGGACUUUGCCGAUCCUGCUUCUCAAUCUCCCAAUGUUGAUUUAGACGUUGGUUCUCUAGACUGUGAAAGCCAUUGUGAACCACAUCAGCAGCACUCUCCUUCUUCACCCAUUACUGUGCCAGCAGACUGCAUGGGUAGGGAAAGUGCCGUUGGCAGCCCUAGCUGGGAUGAGGUCUUCGAGGAUGACAGCAAUGACAUAAAGGACGAUGAUAUGGAUGAUAAAGCGGACUUCAAGCCACCAUGUCAUCCCACUCAGCCUAAAGCCCAGCACGCUAAAACCAACCUGGACGAGAGCAUGGACCUGUUUGGAGAUGACGAGACCUUCCUCCAGAUGACCAUCCCGAACAUCCCUACGCCAGAGAACGUCAGUAUCCGAAUACCUAGCCCCCUGAAGGCUCCGGAGAGGGAAUGGUUAAUAGGGUCAAGUAAAAGUGUGACAGAAACAAAGAUGGUGUAUCAGGUCAAACCUAGCCGUAGCCAUAUUUCUCCUGUAGCACAGCAGGAGCCUGCUCAGGACCUUGAGAACUUUGACUGUUCUCAGGAUUUCUUCUCUGUCAACUUUGACUUGGGCUGGGAGGAGGAUGAAGGGGACACAGAGGCUGCUCCUAGUCCGUUCCCCUCAAAACCUUCAACCCCUGGGUCCAAAAAACAGGAAGCACCCCUUUCCUCCUCAGUGAAUGGGCCACAAAUCUCUGGCUCAUCCACUCCCCACUUUAGUUUCCAUAGGAAGAACGUGUCCACACCCCUGGCAGCCUGUCCGGGAGGGAAGAAGGCAGACACCUCUGCUCUGGCUUCGCCUCAGACCUCUCCUCUGACCUCCAAGAGCGGAGCUCUGUUCUCACCAAUCCCCACAUUAGGGCCGAGGCGAGCUCUCCUGCCUGGUCCUUCCACCACCCCAUCCACUUCGUUCUCAUUCUUAAAGAGGAAACUCCAGGGGACCUUACAGAAUGCCCGGACUCCCAAAGCUCAGGCGAGGGACCCAGGAAAUGGUUCUAUAGAGAUGGGACACAGUUUGUCUCACAAAUCCAUCUUGGACCCACCUCAUCCAGGCCUGUGCACCAGUGACAGUGAGGAGGAGGUUAUCACCCGUAAGCGGGUUCAUCAUCAUGUCAAGGCGAACCCCUUGUCUUCUCCAGUGUCAGAUGAGAGCGAGGGGGGGGGGGAGGCGAUGUCUGACGAUGACUUCCAGCAUACCUCUGUUCGACAGCCAAGAGCUCCCCCCCACGUGGCUGCGAAACCAUCAGCAUCGCAUGGGAAAGCUAAGCAGGCCGUGCAGCACCACCACCGAGGAGCCCGUCACUUUCUGGACGAGGAGGCGGCGCUGUCCGAGGGGGCGGAGGUGUCAUCUGACGAAGAGGACGGUGAAGAGCAGAACCGCUCACUGGAGGGCUUCGUUGUGAGCAACACCCAGUGCUCCCAGGGAAUCAACGAUUCUGAGAUGCAGGGGGUUUACCUGAAGUCAGUGAGAAGUCCUGCUGUGGCUGGCAAGUUCAAAAUGAUCUACAAGCAAAACCACAACAUGGACAUCUUCUCUCAGGUGCCUGAGCUGGACGAGACAUACGCGGAGGACAGCUUUGUGGUGAGUGGCAGUGGUGAGGAAGAGCUCGGCGAGGAGGUCCCAUUGGAGCUUAUCUACGAGGACUCCUUCGUGGAGGGGAGGAGGCAGUACCCCACCAGACGCAAGGCGCUGAUCCGAAACAUCAGGGCUCAGGCUGGGAGCGGGCUUGCCACUCUGGACAAGCGGGCUGCUGACCCUCAACCUAAUCCUGCUGGGGGAAAAAAGCGCUCCCGCAUAGUGCACUUGGAGGACUCCAGCUCGGAAGAAGAAGUGGAGAAAAGUAGAAAUAGUGUGAAAGCUGGAGGUGUUGCUGCCAUCUGCAGGCUAACUGAGUUACAGCAACAGCAUGACUGGGUGUUUAAAGCUCCACAGCAGCAGGUGCCCCCUAGUGGAACCACCAGAGCCUCCACAGCGAGCUGUGUGGUGGGGCCUAGAGUCCUCAGUGGAGCCAGGUCCUCCUCUAUGAACUCUGUGAUGGAGCCUAGCGCCCCAAGUGGAACCAGCAGGACCUCCUCAGUGAGCUCCGUGAGGGGGCCUAGAGAGGAGCAGCAGGAAGAGAGGUGUCGCCAGAGGCUCCAUCAGCAGGCCCUCCUGUCUGAGGAGCUGGACUUUGAGCAGUCAGAGUCUCUGUUGUUCUCAAGUAAACAGCCACAGGCUACCUCCUCCACCUCCUCAGUACCCCACGCCCAGACCUCCUUCUGUCAGGCCGCCACUCUAAGCAAGCCCCCUGCCUCGUCAUCGAACCCAUCGGGCCUCGUCUCUGUACUGGUGGACAGCCGCUGUAUCACAGCCUGCGCGGAUGUGGUCUCCAGCCUGCGCCAGCGUUACGCUGUCACGGCCCACGUGUGCUCGCUGGACGGCUGCGACUUCGUGGUCAGUAACCGCAUGGCGGUCGAGAGGCAGUGCCAGUCGGAACUGGCCGGGAUGCCGAACCGCAAACGGCUUGUGGAGAAGGUGACCAGGUUGCAGGGCCUAUUUGAGCGGAUCUGUCUCAUCGUAGAGAAGGACCGCACCAAACCAGGUGAAGCUUCCCGUCCUUUCCAACCUACACGCUACUACGACAGCACACUGGCCAGCUUGGUGCGGGCAGGCGUCCGACUCCUGGUGAGUGGGGGGCCUGAGGAGAGCGCCACCCUACUGGCUGAGCUGGCCCGAGUGGAGCAGAGGAAGGGCCAGGCUAUUAGCGUGCCAUUAGAGGUCAAAGGUCACCGGCAGCAGGCGCUACUCUUCUACCGAACGCUGCCCUGUGUCAGCUAUGUCAACGCCCUCAACAUGAGCCACAGCUUCAGAUCGGUGGGCCACCUGGUCAACAGCUCUAUCGAGGCUCUACAGAAGGGGGCGUGUGUGAGCCGCCCCAGAGCCGAGGAGAUCUACCGCUGCCUACGCUACUCCUGUGACACCACCCUGAUGACUACCAACACACCCAGGAAGAACGACCUUUAGCCAGCCAUCACUGCUUAAAUCUCCAUUGACACUGGUCUAAGGUCAGUGUGGCCCUUUUCCUUCCUAAUGGUUACUGGUUAGGAUUUUGGGAGAGUUUACCGAUCCUAGAUCUGUGCCUCCAGGACAAUUGACAAUCUUGCUCUCAAACAGGACCGUUAAUGGCAUCAUGGCCUUGAAUUGUGUGCAUUAGUCACCAAAUGGAAUAAAGAAUACUGAAUAAGGGAUGGUCUACCUGGACUUCACCUUCGUUCCCCAUUACAAAAUGAGUAUUUCUUGCACAUUUGAAAUAAGACUUGACUUGAUAACGGACACUAAGGUGAAUGUAAGUUGUAAGUACUCGCUCCCUCCUAUGUAAAAUGUAUAAGUGCAUUUCUGUUUUGUUUAACAAAUAUUUUAAGUUAUUACAAUUUCUGUUCAAAUAAUGGAGUAAUAUAUUUGUGUUCAUAUUUUGUAAAGAGAUCAAAUAUAAGGUUUUGAUUGCAGGAAUAAAAAUGCACAAUUUUUCUGUAACAAAAUCAAAUUCACAAUGAAAUCAGAGGCAUUUGUUUAUUAUUUGUUUAAGGUAAUUUGAUUCAGUCAAAACACAAUGACAGGUAUUAUCCCCCAAGAAUACAAAAUGAAGUUUAUGCACAUACCUUUCUUAGUGUUAGAUUCGUACAUUCCUCUUUGUCCAACAUUAAUAGUUGGUUGUAUUUGACUGUAACAGGUCAGUGAUUUCAACCUUAUGUCUGUCUGUAGUCUCUUCGCAUUGCAGAGUCUGGCAAGACUAGUCUGUCUGAAGCACAAGGGUUCACCCUUUCAUUUCAUAAGAAGACAUAACGACAGAGUAGGACACGUCAUUGGUCUUUCCAGUCUUUAUAAUAGAGUUCCCACAUAAAAACAUUUGACACUCUGGGGGCGAACAUGCACUAUGGAGUCAUAUAUAGUACCUUCUGAAAGUAUUCACACCCCUUGACUUUUCCCACAUUUUGUGGGGUUACAGCCUGAAAUUUAAAUGGGUCACUGAUCUACAGACAAUACCCCAUAAUGUCAAAGAGGAAUUAUAUUUUUUU